UUUUACGUCAAACAACUCCAAAAUGGCUUCCCACGCUCCAGCUGCAUGCUGUACUCAAGCUUCAUUCCACGAAGGACAAGCUCAAGGUGAACAUAAACAAAUUUUCGGUCUUGAUACCUACCAAGUUGGUGCUGAACAUGGUAAUGAUCGGGUUAUUGUUAUUUUGACCGAUAUCUUUGGUAAUAGAUUCAACAACGUUUUAUUGAUUGCUGAUGAAAUUGCUAGAAGCUGUAAAUACCAUGUUGUUAUUCCAGAUAUCUUAAAAGGUGAUGCAGUUCCUCUUGAACAUGGUGAUUUAAGUGGAUGGCUUACUAAUCAUACUAGUGAUAUCACUGCUCCAAUUGUCAAUGGCUUUUUACAACAAUUACGUAAAGAAUGGUCUCCUAAGUUUGUUGGUGGUAUCGGUUACUGUUACGGUGCUAAAUACGCUAUUCAAAAUAUUUCUAAAGAUGGGUUUUUGGAUGCUGCUGCUGGUGCUCAUCCAAGUUUUGUUGAAGUUGACGAAAUUAAAGCCAUCGCCAAACCAAUUAUCAUUUCUGCAGCUGAAGUCGAUCCUCUUUUCACCCGUGACUUGAGAUGGAAAACUGAAGAGAUCUUGACUGAUAUUAAGGCUAGAUACCAAAUGGAUUUAUUCCAAGGGGUCAGCCAUGGUUUUUCAGUCAAAGGUGAUAUUUCUGACCCAAUUGUCAAAUACGCCAAAGAAAAAACCUUAAGUGAUCAACUUCUCUGGUUUGCCCAAUUUAACUAGACUAAUAAGUAGAGAUUACUAAAUAGAGAAUUCAAUUCCUUAUAGAGAUCAUGGCCC